UCAGUUGUGCUGAGCUGCCAUUGUUGUUCACUCACAUCGUAUCCUCCCCAAAACAUAAACAACAACUCUUUUUCAAAUCAGAAACAUUCUUGCCUAAGGAAGUGAAGAGAUACAAAUUGUUGGUCACAAGGAGAAAGUUGGUUUGUGAAAGAUUCGAGCAAAGUCCUGCUUUCGAGGAGAAAAUAGAAGAGCAAGAAGUGCCGACGAACAACUAAGGAAUAAGUUGGUUCCAAUUGUUUUGUAAAGAUUUCUGAAAAAAACUAGUUGCCGGUGGGUGGGCAAUUUCACGAGUGGAGUUCCUGGAUUGGAUUUACUACUACGUAAUAAAGAGAGCUUGAAGAAACACGAGUCCCUGGGCACGAGGGGCCUUUGCGUAGUUUUUAACUGCAGUGGAAACAAAAGUGGUCGGAACAAUUAAGAAGUGGAUUUUUAAUUGAGUUAAUAUCCAGGAGACAUAUCGCACACUCAUGUCUACAGGCGUGUCGGAUCACCAGAGAAACAAAGGACAAGGAAGCUCUGGAAAUCAGUCCUACGGUAAACCAAACUCUAACAAGGAUCAUCAUGUUGCUGGAGAUCAUGAAGAAGUAGACUCUUGGAGGAAUCAACAGGGUCAUCAUCAUCAACAACAAGGAUAUGGAUCGUCUAUGGGUGCCGAUUCCUAUAACAUGCCCUCGUACUAUGGGUCAUCAUUCCAACAAUACCCACCGAAUCACUCUUAUCCCGUGAAUGAGCCUGGAGGGGGUCCCUGGUCUAACAAUGGUGGAGGAAACGACAUGUUCGUCGGGGGCGCCGGCUAUUCCGGAGGUGGCAUGCACGAAUCUGGUGGAGGAGGGGGUCACUACAAUGUUGACGGAAUGUUUAGUGGAGGGAAUAGCAGCAGCUUCGGAAAUUUUGGGGGCAGCGGCCAACCCAAUUAUGGUGGGUAUGGCAGCUAUAGUAAUAACGGAGGGGACUACAACGCGUGGGGUCCUCAGCCCAGAAAGCAGCAUUAUGAUGACUACUAUAGCAGGGAUGGAAUGUAUGGAGACGAACGAGGUAUGAAAAUGCUGGAGCAUGGGAUGGGGGGAUUAGGCAUGGGCAGUGACAAGGAGAUGAAAGAAUUCAAGGAAUUGAUGAGCAUGCAAGGAGGCGGUGGUGGUGGGCAAAAGAAAACGACUUGGGCAUCCAUUGCAUCGCAGCCAGCAAAACCUCAGAGCAUCAGCAAAAAGUCGAAGCCUGGAAUGCCUCUUCCUCCAAUGAUCCUUGCUUGGGAAAGCAAAAAUGGUGUUGGGAAAAGCCCAAUUGCUGCCCCGGUACAAGCCCCUGCAUGGGAAAGACCCAAGGUUCCUACACCUGUGCAACAACCUCCUCCUGUUCAACCUCCCCUUCCAUUGCAACAAAUGCCACUCCCACUCGGAAAUCAAAACAUUCCCCCAAAUCGUGGAUUUCAGCAACACCAACAACCUCCUCCUCCGAUGAGAGAGUACAUGCCCCCACCUCAAACUCAUGGCCAUAUGCAUCACCAAUCUUCUGCUAAUCCUGCAAUUCAAAAUUCACAUUCUCAUCAAAAUUCCCAUUCCCAUCAUCAUCAAUCGGUCCACAGCAAUGGUAAUAAUCACCAACAUCAGCCUACUCCUGCUCCUCCAGCGCCCCUGUCUCCUCCGGAUGGUCCGAAAUAUCCAGAUGAAAUGAAGAUGAAAGAUUACAAUCCUCCUACAUUCGAUUUGAUGGCGGAGGGAGCACGGUUUUUCGUGAUUAAAAGCUACUCGGAGGACGAUAUUCACCGGUCUAUCAAAUAUGAAAUUUGGUGCAGUACUGAACAUGGAAACAAAAGGCUGGAUGAAGCAUAUAAGGAAAGGGAAAGUUGCAAAGGCUCGCUGUACUUACUCUUUUCUGUAAACGGAUCUGGUCACUUUUGUGGCAUGGCACAAAUGAUUAGCUCCGUAGAUUACCACGCCAAAGCUUCGGUGUGGUCACAAGAUAAGUGGAAGGGUCAAUUCAAAGUAAAGUGGAUUUACGUAAAGGAUGUCCCCAACGCAGCGCUGAGACAUAUUCGUCUUGAGAAUAAUGAAAAUAAGCCAGUCACCAAUUCACGAGAUACUCAGGAAGUACCAUUUGAAAAGGGGAAGCAGGUUCUAAAAAUUCUUCACUCAUACCAUCAUACUACAUCUAUUUUUGAUGACUUUAUUCACUACGAAAAGCGACAAGAGGAGGAAGAUCAACAUAAGCAGAAAGUUGUACCAUCUCCACCUCCUCCCGUGCAAAAUCAUAUGCGAAGUGAGCGUGGUGGUGGUCGAGGAGGAUUUCAAGAACGUGGAGGCGGCGGAUUCCGUGGGAGUCAGCAAAGCCAUAAUUCGAGAGGCGACAUGGAUGGACGGAAUGAUCACAAUCCCAGAGAUUUUCGAGAUAGGGGUGAUUCCCGUGGUGGUGGGCGUGACGGGGGUUACAACAACAUGAAUCCUCGAAAUGAAAACAACAGAGGAGAUCGUAUGGAAUUUAUUCGGGAUCGACCUGAACGAGAUAACUACAUGCAACGUGAUGAUCGUGAGCGUGGUGAACCUCGGGAUCGGGAUCAGCGCGGAGGGGGAGGGGGUCAUCGAGGUCGCCCACCAAUGAUGAGAAACUACGAAAAAUAAUUAAUUGUGUUUCAAUGAUGUGCUCAGUGACAGUGAAUUAAAUACUUCGGAUUUUCUUCCUUUUUAUAUGCAACCACAACAUUGCCCUUCUUAUCUGUAUUAAUUAGUCAUUUUACCUCAUCUGCUAUGCUGCAAGAAGAAAGAAGUCUGAAAACAAGAAAUUCACAACUUUCUCCCCAGUUAAUUGAAAAACAAUGUCCCUGUGUCACAAUCGUGACUCGCGAACCAAAACUAAACUUGACCAUUUCGUUCUAGAUAAAUAAAUCUACAUAACAAUAGACGAUUAUAGAUUCAUGUCAUUAAAACUCUACACUAACUGCAAUGUUCGCUUUUUAAUACAAUUUUCCGUAGUCUAAUAAUUAUUAUUUUGCUGCAACAAUAUAUAAAUUGAAUUCAGAAUCUGUUGAGCAAGUUGCUACUUCAGAGUUCAGUUUUAGAGGCCGGUGUAAAGUGAAAAGUGGUCAAAAUAGAAAUUAAAAAAGUGUUGUGCAGCACUUGUUUUUACUACGUCGUCGUAACGUCCAUAUAAUACGUACUUGUGGUGAUUGAAUAUUAAUUUCGUUCCAGGAGACCAAAUUUCCUUCUUUGAACUGCAUAAAGUGUUUUGUGGUUCGUUCGUUAACAAGCCAGAGUUGUUCCUCGUCGCUUAUUCAAAUUUGACGAACAAUAGGACGGAAGUUGUGUAAUAGUGUAAAACCAAAACAAGACUAUUAUUAUUCCUCCAACCAGAAUUUGUAAACCAGAAACAUUUUGAGUUUAUUCAAUUCCAGCUAUACUACCAUUAUGCAUCCUCUUCGAUUUCUUCGGUUCGUAUCCCUUCAUACUCUUCAUAGUGGAAUUAUAUUAUGAAAUUUCAGCAAAAGAACCUUAAAAACUGUGAACAAACUAUAUAAUGACUUGGCUUAAUUAUUUGAUGAAUUUUGUAUCCCUUCAGUCAAAGGUGUCGUUGUAAUGUCAUCAAUUUUUUCGUUUGAUGUUUGUUCAAAAAAAUAUGAUUACGAAUUUUCCAACUCGCCGUCACUAUUGACUCGCAAUGUGUUUAGUGUCUGCCUGUUGGGACUUCAUUCAAGCAAAUAAUUCUUCACGAAAAAGAACAGCGAUAGUAACUGAUCCCACUAACUAUUUACUGCUCUACACAACAACUUCCCCACCAAUUAUCGAAUCGAGCUCAGACAAUGGUAACUGAAGAUACUUUAAUAAUACCGAUGCGAUGAGAUAUCGAUGUGAGUGUGACACAAUGGACGGCAAAAUCAGCCAGUGAACUAAUUUUAUAAAAUAAACUUGAUGCAACGCAACUCUACGAAGCAAAAAAUUAUUGACAUUGAUAAUGAAUGGGGGUCGUCCGGGUCAUGCCCACGUCUGGUCUCAAAUCAAUAAUAUGUGAACUACAGAGUGAUAGCCUCGCCCUUUUUGUUACGUUUUUCACAUUUGAUAUUGCCAAUCAAAAUAGUUUUAUUAGGAAGCAUGAGCUACUAUACUCUCCUCGUCUCAGUCCUUUUGCAAAAUCUGAAGACUUCUUGAAGAAAUAGUAACAAACAAAAAACGAAGACGAACAAUAAUAAUUUAAUGAAGGAUUCCUUAGACCAUUUUUAUUACCGAAUAAUAGGGAAACGCAUCACAAACUAAACGAACGAAUUCCUCUUCUCUAUAAUUUUUUUUCGCUUUUUCCUUCCAAAACUUCUUCCCAUGUAUAUCUUAUCACAACUUGAUAAACUGACCGACAAUGACGACGACGGGACAUGAGAGUCUACAUAUGAGUUUCACAUUAUACGAAUAAACAAAUUAAUUCUCGGAGAGAAAUUGUACUGUGGUUAUUUUCUUGAACUUUCAAUUCAAAUUCAACGAACGUAUGUAUGAACGUACGUACGCAGCGUAAUGAGUGCGGCGCAUUUCUUACAAAAAUAUAACAUUUUAUCAUUACCAUUUGUAAUAAUAAUCUAGUUGCUAUAAUCAUAGAUUAUCGCUUCUGUAACACUUGCUGUACUUUUUUCAAUAAAUAAAACUGUAAUACAACCAUGUA